UUCGCAUUCGCAUUCGCAGGAAGUACAAACCGGGCUUAAGGCGACGACUCUUUACCAGUUCAGCACCAUCAGCUGAGACGCAGACAUGGACUACACACGUUUCUUGAAUUAUUACGGUAUCGGGGUGAAACCGCCACCAAUACGGGGCCUGGCGGAUUUACUGACGUCUGAUACAGAGGCAAGUGCCAGUAUUGGAUGUCCAAACACAGCUACGUUUCCUUUCAAUGGCGCAACGUUCAAUUUAAAAGAUGGUACAGAGAUCACAUUGACGGAAGAUGACAUGGAUAUCGCCCUGCAGUACGGGAAAACCCAGGGAAUGGACGGACUUGUAGACAUUCUCGUUAAGAUGCAGUGUGAUGAACACCAUCCACCAACAGCAAGCCAUGAGACCGGGGAAAGCAAGAUGGCCGUGUUGGUAGCACCAGGUUCGACGAUGUCACUAGCAACGUUUGCAAUGAUAUGCUCUCGUGAGAACAUACCUAUUAUUUCUACCGUGCCUGCCUAUCUGUUCAUUGGGUUCCCACUGAGUGAUCUCUUGAGUAACUAUUUGAGUGUUGAUAUGGAUGCUGAUGGAGCCAAGCCGUCAACUUUGAGAAAGGUUCUGUCAAGAUGGACGCCAGAAGACGCCAAGAAUCCAGAGUCUGGUAUCCCUCGCAUACUAUGGUUAAAUCCAUGCUGUAACAAUCCAUGCGGUGUCAACACCUCCCUACCCAGACGGAAGGAGAUCUAUAGUAUCGCUCAGGAAUACAAUCUCAUCAUAGUGGAGGACGAUCCGUACUACUACCUACAGGAAAGUCAGCCCCGUAUCCCAAGCUAUCUCUCUCUUGACGUGGAUGGAAGAGUACUGAGGUUCGAUUCAUUCUCUAAGCUCGUAGCACCAGGUCUGAGGUUGGCUUUUAUCACUGGGCCUCAAAAAUUAGUAACGAAAAUACAACUUGUGUUUAUGCAGAGUAUUCAGAUGACAAACGGACUAGCGCAGAUACUCGUUUGUAAACUGUUGAAGCAGUGGGGUCGGACUGGUUUCGAGGAGCACAUGCAGGGAGUUGUGAAGUUACUUCGAGAAAAAAGACUGUUCGCUCUAGGAUUGGCUGACAAAUGGCUGACAGGCCUGGCUGAAUGGAACGUACCUCGCGAUGGGAUGUUUAUAUUUUUCAAAGUGUACGGCACCGGACUAACUUCAGAGGAACUUAACCAAAAGCUUGUGGAGACAGCGCAGGUUAUCCUGGUUCCCGCCUCUAUGUUCUACCCAAGGGGCGCCGAGCUUAAAGAUGUUGCCGUUUUAAGAGUAUCGGUUGCCAUGGCAAGUAGUGAGUCAAUGGAGAAGGUAUUUGAGGGACUUUCCAAAGUGAUUCGAACAGCCAGGGAAAAACACUCCGCUUGAAAAGAGAAUUCUGUUCAUAAACUGAUUUAUGAUAACAUGCAAAUGUGACUCGGUAAACCUCUGUCACAACUAUAUACUUCUUAUAUUUUACAUCAUCUAUAAACAAACUGUUAUUAGAUGGACGAUUGUAUGCAUUGACCACCCUGCGUGGAGGUACG